UUCAAAAUUCAGUUCCUUUUCAAGUUUAUUUGUCCCCGUGGGUAGCAGACUCAAAGUCUUAUAGGAAAAGUCAACAAGUCAACGAUGAACAGAGGAGGAUGAGGAAGAAGACAAAGUCCAAUAGGGCGUACCCAAAAGGUCCCUAACUGAGAGAGAAAGAGAGAGGAAAGAGCUAAAAAAAAAAAAAAACAAUCUUUUCUUUUCAUUUCAAUUACUUUCAUUAUUAUCACAAAGACUUUUCUUCCAGAGAACAAAAGGUUAGGCUAUUGAUUAUUAAGCCAGCUCAAUUUUCUUUCUUUCUCUGGGAAAAUUUUGGGUUUUUCUUGAAGGUCUUUUUCAAUUUUCGCUCCAUUUCGUACGCCUUGAACUGGGUUUGUGUUUACACACAUAAAGUUGUCAUCUUUUUUAUCUUCUUUCAAUCGAGAAGAUUAUAGAGCUGAGUGAGUUUCUUGAGUUUUUAAUGGGAGGUUGUUUCAGCAAUCGGAUCAAAACAGAUAUUGCUUCCAGCACAUGGCUAAGUUCGAAAUUUUUGAGUAGAGAUGGGAGCAAGGGCUCGUCGACCACCUCCUUCUCUUAUAUGCCUCGAACAGAAGGCGAGAUCUUGCAAAAUGCUAAUCUGAAGAACUUUAGUCUCAGUGAACUGAAAUCUGCAACCAGGAAUUUCCGGCCUGAUAGUGUGGUUGGUGAAGGUGGAUUUGGUUGUGUUUUCAAAGGCUGGAUCGAUGAGGCCUCACUCACUCCUUCUAAACCGGGGACCGGGAUUGUCAUUGCAGUUAAAAGACUUAACCAAGAAGGGUUUCAAGGUCAUCGAGAGUGGCUGGCUGAGAUCAAUUAUUUAGGCCAGCUGGAUCAUCCUAACCUUGUGAAACUGCUUGGAUACUGCUUGGAAGAGGAGCACAGGCUUCUUGUUUACGAGUUUAUGCCCCGUGGUAGUCUUGAGAAUCACUUGUUCAGAAGAGGAACAUUCUAUCAGCCACUUUCAUGGAACACGCGGGUUCGAAUGGCUCUUGGUGCAGCUAGAGGACUUGCUUUUCUUCACAAUGCUCAACCGCAAGUUAUAUACCGAGACUUCAAAGCAUCCAACAUCUUGCUAGAUUCGGUAUGGCACAUGAUUGAUACUUUUUGUAGCUUUGGUUUUGGAUGCAGCCAGAGAAGUUUAUCUUUAACUGUUUCUCUGUAUCUGCAGAACUACAAUGCAAAGCUUUCGGAUUUCGGUUUGGCUAGAGAUGGUCCAAUGGGUGACAAUAGCCAUGUUUCUACCAGAAUCAUGGGAACUCAGGGAUACGCUGCUCCAGAAUAUCUAGCUACAGGUCAUUUAUCGGCGAAGAGCGAUGUGUACAGUUUUGGGGUUGUGUUACUGGAGUUGUUAUCAGGAAGACGAGCAAUUGACAAGAAUCAACCAGUAGGAGAACACAAUCUAGUGGAUUGGGCAAGACCUUACUUAACAAACAAGAGAAGACUUCUACGGGUGAUGGAUCCUCGCCUCCAAGGUCAAUACUCGCUAACCCGAGCUUUGAAAAUUGCAGUUCUUGCACUCGAUUGCAUAUCCAUAGAUACCAAGAGUAGACCGACCAUGAACGAAAUCGUCAAGACACUGGAAGAACUUCAUAUCCAGAAGGAAGCACCGAAAGAGCAGCAGAAUCCACAAAUCAGCAUUGACAUCAACAUCAACAAAUCUCCACAAGCUGUGAAUUAUCCUAGGCCUUCAAUUAUGUAACAAUAAAAUUAUCCUAGGCAAUCUUUUUACCGGGUUCUAGAGAUGUAUAGACUCUUUACCAUCUGUCUAUUUAGGUAUUAUGCUGUUUGGUAGUAACAAAAGAAGUCUCUUCUUUUUAUCCCAGUUUCCUGGCAAUGUAAGGGAGAGAAGGAAAUUUGAUAGUUGUAAAAUUAGGUCCCCUUACAACGUUCA